UUUUUUUUUUUUUUUUUCUUUUUCUCACCUACUUCCUUACCUGAAUCUUUUCUAUUUUUCCCGGUGCCUUGCGUGUAGCAUUAUUGGGGAUUGGGGCGUUCAUUGGGAUUAUUUAGGGCUUUUUUCUCUCUCUUCUCCUCGGUUAGUUGAAGGGCCAUGAAUCGUGAUAUUGCUUUUUUGUUGUUUGUAGCAGAAUUAGGCGUUAUAUUUUAUAUAUCCAGGUACAACUGGUGAUUAGCAUUCCUCCCAGAGGAAGGAAUCUCGGGAGUAUUUUGGUUGUUUGUUAUUUUAGUCUCUUUUUUUUCCGCGCUUGGGUGGGGUGGGUAAAUUAUUGCGAGUUGCCAUAACCCGCCAUAAUAAAUCAUCCAAACUCCUAACUCGGGCUGGAAUAGGCCGGCGCUUGUUCUUCGCCUAUUUACCGCACUAGUUAAGCGCGAGGUUCCAGCCGCGGCAGCCACUUAAGCCCCUUGUUCAACGCCAUCCGUGAUUCAGGCCCAGAUCUUGUCUCCAGAAGACCAAAGACUGUUGCGGGAAGAUAAUUUCAAAAUAAAUUAAUACAAAAGAAGACUCUUGGGCGCCGCACACAGAGGAUCCCGUAUCAUUCACAGCUUCUCUCCUUUUCAAUCCCCCAGCGAAUAAUAUGCUCUCGAUUACGGACUGAACCAUGGACUUUUGGUCUCGUCUGAUCGGGGGUUCUGGUCUCUCGUCAUCAAGGGUCCUUCGGGGCAACUCCGCUGCUGAGCGCGUAGCAACAUUUAAACAUACGUGCAAUACCCUCGAUCAAAUAUGGCGUACAGCGCCUACCACCUCUGGCGAAGCUGCUUCCAUUCUUCAAGUCAGAAAUUGCCUUGAACGCCUCAAUUCAGUCCUUAACGACGAGUCUCGUGGCCCCGCGCCUCAUCCCUGUCAUACCUUUGCUGCCACUUCUCAGGUUUACCUAACCGUCACGAAACUGGCACUGUCCUCGUGUGAUCCUGGCGUCAUCUCAAACGCCGCAGUCCUUUUCAAUACAUUGAUUGAUGCCGAGGUUGACGGCAUUGUUGAUAAUCGGGUAUUUGCCAGGGCGCUAGUCGACCUGGUUCGCAGAGCGGGCUCUGCUGGCGAGGAAGGGGAAGGGAGGCUUGUGGAGCUGCUGUUUGGAGUCGCGAACAAUAUUCGGUUACGCCCUGCUAUUCUUCCUGCGUGGUUUUUCCCAAAGGAACACGGCAAUCAGGGACCUGAGCCGGUGGAGACUGGGAAGGAGUUUGCGGGUGCAACGCGAAAGGACGAUUUCCCGUUCUUCUAUUUGUUAAUCGACUAUGUUCAUCAUGAAGGAAGAUCGGGCGAUUUCGCCCGAACGGGCCUGCUGUAUAUCAUUGAGACGGCAUCGCGGUCAAAGGAGCUCGAGCGAUGGCUGAUUGAAAGCGACCUUGCAACGCUAAUGGCCACGGGUUUAGGGGCGCUUUAUAGCCAAUUGAAUAGAAAGCUUCUUUUCUUGAAGGAUGACGAGAGCAUCCCUCAUAUCGUCGCUCUGUCCGAUUAUGCUCCGGUGGAGACGGCAGCUCGCCCCAAGCUCGGGGCACACAUGGAUGCAUUUCUUUCUUACUUGUUAUUCUGGCAGGAUACCAUCGAUCAUUGUAAAUCUGCUGAGGUUAACGACACACUGCUGGAUCAUUUUCAGGUCCUGUUUCUUCAACAGCUUCUUUAUCCAUCUCUUUUGGAGUCAUCGGAUGUUGAUGGCGGCUCCACUUCCGCUGUUAUUACCUACCUUUGCCGCAUCUUGGAAUCGAUUGACCAGCCCGAUCUAGUCCAUCGAAUUUUGCAUUUUCUCCUAGCUUCAUCCACGGGGAGUGAACCCGCUGCACAAAUUCCGAAGCAGAAGUUACGAAUGUCACUCAGCCGCCGCAAAUCUCUUGAUCUCCUAGCUUCGUUCGCGGAGGCUGCUGCAAAGCCAUCGCCAGAACUUUUCAACUUGGUCGACCUUGUGUUGAUGAGUAUUAGAUCGAAGAAUCCCCCAACGGUAGUGGCUACCUUCCAGCUUAUGACUGUGAUUUUUCAACGGCAUCAUAUAUUUGCAAGCUCCUUGAUCAAAACAGUUGAACCUCCUGAGACGUCUAUGUGCAUCAGGCCUAUUGGCGCACUUAAUGCAGAAUUACAACACUUAGUUAGCUUGGCAAGAUCAGUCAUUGAAGACCCUUAUUUGGAUCAGUCAUAUCAAAAUUAUCUUCUCGAUGCAUCCGCAAUUUUGGACCAACGAACCCCUAUUAUGGCUCUGGUUGGAGGGAAACCUACCCACUCCGCUCUGGAUUCGCCCUUGCUUCUGCACACUACUGAUGACAUAUUACGGGGAAUGAUCUCCAGGCUGGAGUCGUUUUUCACGAAUAGCGUCGUGAUGAAUCUAGCCUUAACAGAGGCUAUUACAAGUUUGGCAUCUUCAAACUACAUAUCCUUGGAUGGAUGGCUCCUCGUCGAGCCUCGGAAUUACGAAUAUGACACCGCGAGUCGGACCUGCGCAGAUGCAGAUGCGGAGGCCGAUCACGCAAACAAAUUCAGCCUAGCAUUCGAUCACCCAUCUUUUCCUCCGUCGUCGGUACCAUUGGUGCCGCACACUAUCCAAAAAUUGGUUCGCCGAGUCGAACAAUGGCGAUCGGAUAUAUCCGAUUUUAACAUCCUCGUCGCAGCCCGCAGACAUCUCCUCCGUUCCGGCGAUGAUGUGGGUGGCAUUGACGGACAACCUGGGGUUAAAUCAUCUGAUUCUUCCAACCGACCAUCAGCGGACCGCCAGGGUCACCAACACCCGGCCAAAGUUGGCCAUCGUUCCGAUUCUCCGCGAGGUCGCAAGACAACACUUCUUGAACAGACGACUGAUUCUUCGCCGCCGCGCUCGUUUGUAACUUCUGGGUCCAGAUCAUUGUUUAGCUCCCCCCUCCGCGAUAACCCUCAGAAGCAAGCACCCUCGCGACCAGAAUCAGCAACUCGCUCUUCGAUAGCGGCAGACGAGCUCCGAAGACGACUUGCGACGCAUAUCAAAGUCGACCUGUCGGAUGAUUCCUCUUCUGACCAAGGCACAACUUCUGAAACUGACACGUCGACAACGUCUUUGCCCGAUCAUCCUGGCGAUGAUGACUUGGGAUCCGGAUCGGGAUCUGGGAGCGCUUCUCGAUCUAAUAAUGUAACGCUUGGACACAUUCUCACCAACACCAUCAUCCUCUAUGAGUUUAUUCUUGAGUUAGUUGCCCUAGUGCAGGUUCGGGCAACGCUGUUCCAGGAAGUCAAGUUCGAGCGGUGAGCGCAACUUUUUUGACCUUUGCAAAAAUUUACUUUAUUGUACGUACCUGAAUGGAUGUUGCUACGGAAUAUUUUGUCGUGCAAGUGUAACUGGAAGAAAUUUAUCGAUUGCAUACACGCGCCCCGUUGAUAUGUACUUCUGUUUCUUGAUCUGUCAACGAUAUAUAUAGAGAUACAUGGGGUACUUUUUGGGAUAAAGGGAUAGUUUUGUGCACCCGCCCCCCAAAUGAAUAGAAAUAAUUGGUUCUUCACGCUACCAAGUUGCCCACAGAUAGUUAUGUAAUUCAAUAUUCGCCGCUCAUCCUUGUACGCCGCUCGUGUGGUCGUGUUUGUCCGAUGAACGGUUAUUUUUCCAUUGUGACAGUCAGACACCCGGCUUUGCCUCCUUUAAAUCAACGAACUGGUUUCGCCACAGAGUAGCGUAUCUCCCUCCCUUUUCCAGCAGCUCAUGAUGAGUCCCUCUCUCAACUAUCGUACCCUCUUGCAGCACGAGUAUCUGGUUCGCGCCGCCAAUAGUGGACAGGCGAUGGGCUAUUACGAAGGUGGUUCUCUUCCUGCUUAGCUUCUUCAGUGCGCCCUGAAUUUCAGAUUCUGUCUCCGUAUCCACAGCGCUGGUCGCUUCGUCUAAGAUCAGGAUUGGCGGAUCUUUCAAGAACACUCUCGCAAUCGCCAACCGUUGCAGCUCACCUCCUGACAGCUUGACACCUUGUUCUCCGACCCGGGUGUCGUAGCCGUCCGAGAAAGUGAGGAUAUUGUCAUGGA